AUGACUACUAGCUUUCUGCUUUUAGUCUGCUUUUUUAUUAUGAUUUUCAGAAAAGAGACUAUGUGCCAAUCGGUCUGUAAAACUGUUACAUGUUAUGGUCAAGCGAUUUGCCAUGAGAUAGAUGAGCCGUAUUACAAUGGGACGUUGCUGCCGAUUCCAAAAGUGGCACAGUGUUCGGAUAAAAAUAUUGAGGAUUACAUUAAGGAUAUAAUUGCGUCGAAGAAUAUUGAAUUACUCGUUCAAAAACCGGACUACAUGAAUUCCAAUGACAAAGAUGUCCUGUGCCAAGGUAUCAAUUGCUAUGGUAUGAAUACGUGCACCAUUGUCAGAGUCCCCUGUGCCGACGACCCCACGUGCAUCAAUUAUCUUCCCUUCUGCGAUGACUCCCCGAUCACCACAACGACCAUUUCUAUACUAUAA